AUGCAUGCAAUUAUGGCCGCAAAGGGUGGCAGCGAACUGGGCCAGGAGACGUCAAAGAUAAAAUUCCUAAGCCUCAAACCAAUUCACGUGCGGAAGAGCGACGCGGCUGGCGCCAACGGCGCUGCGUCGCGCGCGCCCACGUCUAGUCUCCAGCGCAAUCGUGAUGGAGCCAAGAGUAUGUUCCACAAAAGACGCGCCGCCCCAAUCCCGAAACUCAUCGCAGUCAUGUCUGGCAGCCAGAAAAUUGACACUCCCCGCCUAAUGCCCUUCAAUGCCGGCAAAGAAGGCAACAUGGUCCGGUCGGUUACGAAGAAAGAUGCCGCUGUCGCAUAUCGGGGUCUGCCGUUGCCUUCGGUACCUGAGGAUAUCGUCAUACCGGCCGUACUCGACUUGAACUGCGACGAACGCCUAUGGGUGCCUCAAGCACCGGACGUUUGGUUUCGACCUUUGGUUUUCAACGUGUCUCAGGGUUAUUUCGUUAAUGUUCUGCGUGUCCGCAAGUCGGGCAUAUUGUCUCGUCAUCGUCAUGCCGGCCCAGUACAUGCGUUUGUCCUCCGUGGCCGCUGGCAUUACCUCGAGCACCCGUGGUGGGCGACAGAGGGUGGUUUCGCUUUCGAGCCGCCGGGUGACAUUCACACCUUGGAAGUCCCUGACGACGUGGAGGAGAUGGUAACCCUGUUCCAUGUGACGGGGGCUUAUAUCUAUGUAGAUCCGGAUGGCAACCCUACCGGCGUCGAAGAUGUAUUCAGCAAGCUUGAUAACGCGAAGAAACAUUACGAGGCCGUGGGAUUGGGCGCUGAUUUUGCGAACCAGUUUGUGCGAUAA